AGUUGUUAUCACCUAACGUCCAACUUCCAAGUCUUGGAUUCGGUGUACAAUUUCAUACUUGAUUUUAUUAAAUUAUAAUCACAAAAAGCAAGCAAAAGGUUUCAUUUAAAAUUUAAAACAAGUGUUGUAUACAUAUAUUGUUGACUAGCAAUGACAACGAAGGUUGUGAAAUAUGUUGGACGUACAACUGAUUUUAAAGGCAAGACAUUAUGGGAAAUAGUUGGAAGUCUUAAAAAUUUUGGUGUAGGAAGGCUGAUAGUUCGUCAAAUGUUUCAAAGAUAUCCUGAACCGACGUACAUGAAAAUUGUUAAAGUAGAAACAUGUCCUGAUGAAGAACGUCGCAGAGUCCGUGUUUGGGUAGAAAAAACAUUUAGAGGUAGGAAAUUGCCGCAGAUAGCAGAGAUCUACCGUACGUCAUAUAAACCUGACUAUCAACUUAUCUCUAAGGAUGAUGAGAGCAAAUUCUUAGAGUCUACUAGCAGUAAGCACAACCUGUCUGAAGUUGUUUUGCCCAAUAGUAUUGAAAUGCCACCAUUAAUGAAAAGAUUUAUUGUCAGAGAUCAUGAGAAGAAGGGAUUAGAGACACUGAAGGAGUUUGUUAUGCCGCUUAGCUACAAGUCGAGUCCGAACAGAGUGAAGAGGAUAGCCAAAGGUGAUGAAAAGCCAACAGUACAGUUCACUAUGGGGUUGGGAAAGCCUGCUAGUCCAUCUCUGUAUGAAGGUGUUCCCCUCGACCAAUAGAUAUCAUAUAAAUGAUGUUAUAAUAUGUUUUUUUUUGUUAAAAACUUUUAUAAUUAGUGAAAUUGAAAUACCAUAUGAUUUCAAUGAUAUAAUUAUACUUUUAAUUCUAUAUUUAAAAGUGUCAUUAACUUUUUGGCUAACAUGUAUCAUCAUUAAUCAUUAUGUUAUACUAAAAUUUGUUAAACUAAAAGUUUUUAAACAAAUGAAGCCAUACAAUAAUAAUUAAUUACAUACAAUCUAGAAGUAAUAUUUUAUAAAGUAGGUUAU